AUGAAGGAAAUCAAUACCGUCACUCAUCUAGCAACCCUCCUCUCCCUUACUGCCAAAAUAGCUGCUCACGGCCAUGUGAGCAAUAUUGUUAUCAAUGGUGUCUCCUACCGUGGCUGGGACAUCAACUCGGAUCCCUAUAAUUCAGAUCCUCCGGUGGUAGUCGCAUGGCAGACACCGAACACUGCGAACGGAUUCAUUACGCCGGACGAAUAUGGCACGGAUGAUAUCAUAUGCCACCUGGAUGCCACUAAUGCCGAGGGGCAUGCAGUUAUUGCUGCAGGGGACAAGAUCAGUCUUCAAUGGACCACCUGGCCUGACAGCCACCACGGACCAGUCAUCAGCUAUCUUGCAAACUGUGGUUCGAGCUGCGAGACGGUAGACAAGACAACGCUCGAAUUCUUCAAGAUUGACGGUGUUGGCCUUGUUGAUGACUCGAGUGUGCCUGGCACCUGGGGAGAUGAUCAGUUGAUCGCAGACAACAAUACAUGGCUGGUCGAGAUCCCUCCUGACAUUGCACCCGGAUACUAUGUUCUUCGCCACGAACUUAUUGCCUUGCACGGGGCCAGCAGUGAGAACGGAGCACAGAACUAUCCUCAGUGUUUCAACCUCCAGGUCACCGGGUCAGGAACUGCCGAGCCUUCCGGUGUACUCGGUACGGAGUUGUAUAGCCCGACAGACCCCGGAAUCCUCGUCAAUAUCUACCAGUCACUGUCCACUUACGAGGUGCCUGGACCGACAUUGAUUCCGGAGGCAGUAUCAGUUGUGCAAUCGAGCUCGACCAUCACAGCAUCCGGCACACCCGUGACGGGGACCGCUGCGUCCGCGACAUCGUGAAUCGGCUUGAUUGAGCAACUGUGGCUGCGGUCGGCAU